GCAUCUCUUUCAGCAAUGUAUCUGUGAUUCUAUAUUGACCUUAGCCUGCGCGAUACCUCCUGCGAUACACAACAAUGACCGAACAAAAACUGGAUGAGCUGCUACGGCAGUUCGCUUCGGAGCUCAGUCUGCAGGAUGCGCCCCCUCCGGAAAAGAAGGUAUGGAACGCGACUGAGACGGCGCGGAAGGGCCUGGUGGAUAAACGACGCUGGACGAGGGAUGACGAGGAGCGAAUCCCUAAAUUUGUGAGGAAGACCAUGAAUGCGUGGACGAAGGAGGAGCGCGAGAGCAUCUGGGACGAGGACGGGUAUAUGCGAGAGGAAUGCCAGGCUAUGUUUGAGGUCGACUUGGAUGCAAAAGACUGCGCGAUAUGCGGUACCAUGACGAGGAACAAAUGUUCAAGGUGUAAGAAAGUAUACUACUGCACCAAAGACUGCCAGCGCGCCGACUGGAAAUCCCACAAACCCACUUGCGGCAAGCCCGACCCCGCGCCCGCCUCCUCUCCGCAAGACACCUCGCGCAUCCUCGCGCUCCUCGAGCAGAACAAGCGUCCACACGUCUCCGUGCGCGCCCUGCUCGACGCAUGGCUCGCAAAGUGCCCGCACGGCGGCUACGUGAUGGUCAUCGACCAGAACGAGACGCACCACUUCAACCUCGGCGUCGAAGCGCGGGGCUUGAGGGUGUACUGGGUGAUGAGGUUCCACGGGAAACCGAAGGGUAUGGACCAGAAGAACCGCAUUGUUCCUGGGGAAGAGGACCAAGCGGACGUCGCUGGGUACAUCACCGGCUUCAUCCAACGCAUCGCCAAGAAAAGCGGCCGCAUCAUCGUGCAGUGCGACUUCCACACCGCCCACCCCACCGAUUUCAACCUCGACCUGUCCCUGGGCAGCUGGUCGACCGUCGUGCACCGCGUCGCGGAGGUCGACUGGUUGGGCGGGAAGAACUACCGGGUGGAGCAGCUCAACCCCGAGGCGUUGAAGGCGUCGGACGCGCAGCGGGGGGCGUUCCAGGGCCCGAUGGACCGAGUCUAUGAAUGGUGAAGGACGUCCUCUGUCGUCCGGGCGUGUCCCUUUCUGCCUCAGGCUUGCGAAGCCCUGCGUCUGUGUCGGCACAUCCAACGCGCACUGAUAGCGAGACUCGACCGCUCUGGAUUCAUGUAUCAUUCACUUGUAUUGUACAUCGAGCAUGCCGCAUGCAUAUCUGUCCAGCUACCUGACUCCUAGGCUGUUAGCGACGCCGACAAG